AUGCCAGGCCCUGAUGUGUACUUGAACAUCUACAAAAUCGAUGGAUCCCCGGAGUGCUGCGCCCCGUGCGGUCUUUACCACACCAGCGUGCAGAUAGGGGAAUUGGAGUACAGCUUCGGAGAAAGCACAGGGGUGGUGUGUUCCGAACACAACCCACGAGUGGAUGGCAUCCACAGCUUUGCGGACGGUACAUAUCAGUACAGCCUGCAUAUGGGCUCCUGUAACUUGACGGUUUCCGAGCUGUAUAAUGUUAUAAUAAACUUUCGCAAGGCCUUCACGGGUUCUUCUUAUAACCUCCUCAAUAAGAACUGCAACCACUUCAGCGACGCCCUCCUUAAAGCCGUCGUGGGCAAAGGAAUCCCCCCACACAUAAACCGAGCCAGCAGAUACGGCAAAUGGCUGAGCUGUCUGUUGCCUGCGAGCUGCGUAUACAACUCUGAAGAAGCCGCUAGAGAAGCAGCAGAGAGCUCCUCUGGUGCUAGUUUUUCGCAAAUCUUCAGUGGCACAGGCAACCGUCUGGGGAGCCUUCAAGGAGGCAGUGCUGUGCAGGCACUGAAACGGUUUAUUACAAUGGGCGAUUGCCUUAACCAAGAAAACAAUGUAGCGGAUGCACACGAAGAAACAGCUGUAUAUAGCCGCAGCAACACGCGGCAGCUGCUUGCAGAGGCAGCCCAAGAUCGUAUGCGGCGUCAGGCAUCGUUUAAAGCUUCUUCUCCUGCUUGA